AUGAAGCCCUACCUCCUCCUCCUCGUACCCAUCGUCUUAUUCUCCUAUAUCGAUGCAGAGCAAGUUUGCCGCGACGGCUACACGAUGGUCAACAACAAAUGUCUCGCUUUCAUGCAGACCCCUCAGAUGUAUUAUGACGCUGAGAAGACAUGCCGCUUUAACUCAGGUGGCCUGGUAGUGCUCUCGAAGAAUGCAGUGGACAAUCGAGCGGUGGUCAAUUUCCUCUCCGUCUGGAAUGUCGCCAAUGUGUUUAUUGGUCUGAAAUGUUCUAAUGGCGAUACUUCGACAUGUCAAUGGGAUGAUCUCGAUGGCCUCAAUGACUAUAACAAUUUCGCUGCUGGCUACCCCCUCAGCUCCCAGGAAUGCGUGAUACUCGAUUCGCAAUCCGGGAAAUGGACCAGUCAGUCCUGUGAUCAGCCUAUGCAGUAUGUUUGUGAGCUACCGCCUACGGAGAGAGACUGCAACUCGAACUGUGAAGUAAACUACAAUAACUACUGCUACGUGCGAAUCAUUACCCCGAAAAGUUUUGCCGACGCUGAAAACAUCUGCAAGAAGCUAAACUCCCACUUGACCUCUGUUCUCACCUACCUGGAAUUCCGACUCCUGGCUGAAAUGUACCGUAACCAGGGACAAUAUUGGAUUGGUGGACUGUGUGCUUCUAAUGAUUCACCGAUUCAAUGGUUGGAUGGAUCCCAGGGAGAAUUCUCGUUCGGCAAGACUAUCAUCGAUGGAAAUUGUCUGCAGUAUGGAGUUGAUGAUAGAUCGUUGGGUACUAGUUAUUAUGGACAGAAUUGUCAAGGAAUGACUCCUUUCAUUUGUAAACGGCCAGCGUCUUGUUGA